CGACGCCCACCAGGACAUGUCGUCGGCCGUCGCCGAGCACAUGUCCUCCUUCUUCGCCGCGCACCACCACUCCAGCCUGGCCGGCGCGGAGCGCGCCGGCACCCCGCACCACCGCGCCGCCGCGCGCUACUACCACCAGCAGAUGCACUCGCCCUACGGCGCGUCCGCCGCCUCGCACGGCGUCGUGGCGUUUCGUCCGCAGGCCAAACUUCGCCGGGCAUCGAAAAAGAAAGACGGAUUUCUUUGGAACAAGUUUAUGUCUUCAGAAACGUAG